AUGCACAGACUCCUAAUCCAGCGCUUUGGCCUCAUCCUCUCUCUGCUCCUCCUCACUACCAGCAUCUCCGCUCAACGCCCCGGUCCGGUACACCCACCGCUCUGCCCCUACUACAGCGAACUAGCUGGCCGCGGCCGCGUUUUCCUGCGAUGCUGGUACGACCAUAGCGGGGUGCAAAGCAACGGUGGCUACCUCGCUUUCACCAAAUCUCACAUGUGGGACAAUCUCACCGUGACGGACCUCACGGAUAAUUAUCCCGCACCGGAAGGGAACGGGAAGAAACUUCCCCCGUUCGGCGAAUACGCCAAAUCUCGGGUCCAAUUCUCGAAUGUGCAUGAGAACUACGUCCCGAAGUUCACUGAGAUUUUCAAAUAUACCUUGGAUGGUAACCUGCCAUCGUUUGGGUACCGGGACGAGACGGAUUGUUUGACAUAUCACUGGGAGUCGUCUUAUUUGGGUACAUUGUUGAAACCCUAUGGCGGCAAGCCAGCGGGCGCAAAGGUAUCGUGGAAACACACCCACUCCUUCAAGACCCACCAUGCUCUGCCAAACGAGGACGACGGGACGGGCUAUCUCAUCCAGAACGCCACCAUCAAGAUGGACUGGUCGAGCUGGUGUACGUCCUGA